ACCGCCCUUGCGCCGGGAGCACUUCUGGCUCCGCCCUUUUCCCCUCCCCUCGCCGGGGGCCGGGCUAGUAGUGGCGCAGCGGACACUGUUGCUGUGAUGCAGUCAGAGAGGCUGGGCCUGCCCCCUCGCCGCCGCACAGUGACAAACCCCGGGAGAUAGUUAGCUCCGCUGGGGUUGUCGGAGCCUUCGGUCGUCUCGCUCGCCGCCUGGGCCCCGGGGAGCAGUUGGAGCCACUGCCGGCCAUGAUCCCCCGCCCGCUGCAGGAAGGGCAGGAGCAGAAACUGCUGGCGGGGGCUGCGGGAGUAUGAAGGAUGGAAGCGGACGAGGUGACAAUUCGCGAGCAGAACUUCCACAGCCAAGUGCGGGAGUACACGAUCUGUUUUCUCCUAUUUGCUGUUCUCUACAUUCUUUCCUAUUUCGUAAUCACAAGAUACAAAAGGAAAGCAGAUGAGCAGGAGGAUGAAGAUGCCAUUGUCAACAGAAUUUCGCUGUUUUUGAGUACCUUCACUCUUGCAGUUUCAGCUGGUGCCGUCCUGCUUCUACCUUUUUCAAUAAUCAGCAAUGAGAUCCUGCUUUCUUUUCCACAAAACUACUAUAUUCAGUGGUUAAAUGGCUCUCUGAUCCAUGGAUUGUGGAAUCUUGCUUCUCUUUUUUCCAAUCUUUGUUUAUUUGUGUUGAUGCCCUUUGCUUUCUUCUUUCUGGAAUCAGAAGGAUUUGCUGGCUUAAAAAAGGGGAUCAGAGCACGAAUUUUGGAAACAAUUGUUAUGCUUAUUCUUCUUGGGCUGCUUAUCCUUGGAAUAGUGUGGGUGGCUUCAGCUCUCAUUGACAAUGAUGCUACCAGUAUGGAGUCUUUGUAUGAUCUUUGGGAAUUCUACCUCCCUUAUUUAUAUUCCUGUAUAUCACUCAUGGGAUGUUUAUUACUUCUUUUAUGCACGCCAGUGGGACUUUCACGAAUGUUUACAGUGAUGGGUCAGUUGCUGGUAAAGCCAACAAUCCUUGAAGACCUAGAUGAACAGAUCUACAUCAUCACUUUAGAGGAAGAAACAAUCCAGAGGAGACUAAAUGGUGUGUCUUCUACCAUGGAGUACAAUACAGUGGAGCUGAAACAGGAACUUGAAAAUGUGAAGAGCAUGAAAAAAAAAUUAGAACGGCGGAAAAAAGCUUCUGCAUGGGAGAGGAAUUUAGUGUAUCCAGCUGUUAUGAUAUUGCUGCUUAUUGAGACGUCCAUCUCAGUCCUCUUAGUUGCCUGCAACAUUCUUUGCCUGUUAAUCGAUGAGACUGCAAUGCCAAAGGGAUCAAGGGGGCCUGGAAUAGGAAAUGCCUCCCUAUCCACUUUUGGUUUUGUGGGAGCAGCACUUGAAAUCAUUUUGAUUUUCUAUCUCAUGGUAUCCUCUGUCGUCGGCUUCUAUAGCCUUCGCUUUUUUGGAAAUUUCACUCCCAGGAAGGAUGACACAACUAUGACAAAGAUAAUUGGAAACUGUGUGUCAAUCUUGGUGCUCAGCUCUGCUUUGCCAGUGAUGUCAAGAACACUGGGAAUUACCAGAUUUGAUCUGCUUGGAGACUUUGGAAGGUUUAACUGGCUGGGAAACUUCUACAUUGUGUUAUCAUACAAUUUACUCUUCGCCAUUAUGACAACUCUUUGUCUGAUCAGAAAGUUCACCUCUGCUGUGCGAGAAGAGCUCUUCAAGGCAUUAGGUUUAGAUAAACUUCAUCUGUCGAACAAUGCAAGGGACUCUGAGACAACAAAGCUUUCUGCAAAUGGACAUCAGAAAACACUGUGAGAAGCAAUCUUCAAUCAAUAGUUCUAAAAACAACCUCAUCACAUUCCUGUCAUCUUUAUCAAAAUACUUUUGUAUUAAUUUCACUUGUUGAUAAUUUUGGGUCCAGCUGUCUCUCACGUUUCACACUCUGUAUUUCUGAAAAAACAGGCUACUUCAGAUUUUA